GUAUAGAGAAAGGUAAAUUGCCUCUACACGGUAAUUUAAUAAUUCCCCAACGUAUAAAUCCCACGGAUAGUUACGAGGAAAAGCAACGCAAGAGGAAAGUAUUUUGGGAAUGUCAGCCCCGCAAUCACCAGAUUUUAGAGGAAAAAGCCCAAGCAAUAACUUUAACCAAAGAACUAUUAAAAAUAGAAAAUGACCCGAGAUUUACGAUAUUCACCGAAGAUAGGCAUCCAGUAACGACAACAUUUACCCAAAGAGGGACCGAGCCAGAGGCCCCCACUUUUGACUUUGUCAACCAGCAUGCGGAAGAUAUCGUUCGAGAAGCCUUAACCCAACAAAAUGAUAAUCGUCGCCACAAUAACCACGACGACAACAAAGAAACCAAUGCUUUUUAUUACUGA